AGAGUCUCGGAUGUUUUACGCGCUGCGUAAAACAGGCGUUUUAGGCAAUUCCAGUCGAGGUGCCCUAAGAAUCUCGCCCGAAUCUCUCCCUCUUAAAACUCUUGCGCGGCGGCGAGCUGCAGCUAUUGGAUUCCUCAUUUCCGAAACUGCCCCAGGACCAUGGCCUAUUUACAAGCUCUCCUUCAGCAAUGCCCUUCCACCUUCUUCUCCAGGUCUUCCUCUCCUCCUCGCAUUCCUCCCAAACUCUCUGCAAUCUCUUGCUGCUCUUCUGCAACUACCUUCACUCUUGUCGAUGGAACCGUCGAGAGAAGCGCGUCGGAUAGAAACGCCGUUCGUCUCGGCUUGCCGAGCAAAGGUCGUCUUGGCACCGAAACCCUCGAACUGCUCAAGAAUUGCCAGUUGUCUGUCAGGCAGUUGAAUCCACGACAGUACGUUGCAGACAUUCCACAGAUCUCAAACUUGGAAGUCUGGUUUCAGCGGCCAAAAGAUAUUGUUCGCAAAUUGCGAUCUGGGGAUCUUGACCUUGGUAUUGUAGGUCUUGACACAUUCAGUGAAUACGGACAGGGUGAUGAGGAUUUGAUCAUAGUUCAUGAUGCACUUGAGUAUGGAGAUUGUCAUUUGUCCAUCGCAAUUCCUAGGUAUGGGAUUUUUGAAAAUAUCAAUUCCCUGAGCGAGCUGGCCCAAAUGCCUCAAUGGACCAUUGAGAAACCUCUGCGGAUUGCAACUGGGUUUACCUAUUUGGGUCCAAAGUUUAUGAGAGAGAGGGGAUUGAAGCAUGUCACUUUCUCAACUGCUGAUGGAGCAUUGGAGGCAGCUCCUGCUAUGGGAAUUGCGGAUGCUAUUAUCGAUCUUGUAAGUAGUGGGACAACAUUACGUGAAAAUAAUUUAAAAGAAAUUGAAGGCGGAGUUGUCUUAGAAAGCCAGGCUGUCCUGGUUGCAAGCAAGAAAUCCCUGAUCCGGCAGAAUGGUGUCCUUGACACCACCCAUGAGAUUCUAGAAAGACUUGAAGCACAUCUAAGGGCACUUGGUCAAUUCACGGUGACUGCCAACAUGAGGGGGAGCAGUAUGCAGGAAGUUGCUGAGAGAGUUCUGAGCCAGCCAUCAUUAUCUGGGUUGCAGGGGCCUACAAUAAGUCCGGUCUUCUGCAAACGUGAUGGGAAGGUCACACCGGACUACUAUGCGAUUGUCAUAUGUGUACCCAAAAAGGCACUCUAUAAAUCAGUUCAGCAGCUUCGAGCUAUUGGUGGCAGUGGGGUUCUGAUUUCUCCAUUGACAUACAUUUUUGAUGAAGAGACUCCAAGAUGGCGCAAUCUUCUCAUCCAACUUGGACUGUAAUUGUCUAGCAGUUGUCUUCAAUGGCAUUUUUGGAGGUUGGUUUUUGUAGAAGCAAGUUGUUGGAGGCAGCAUGUCUUUAAUAGUUAAACCAUUUAUUUAGUUGGAUUUUGAAAUCUUUGUGCAAAAUCUCAUCAAUUUGGAGUGUUAAUGUAUUUGAGAAUCCUAUUUGCAUGUAAAUUUUCUAUUUAAUUUAAACAAGUUCCUUUUCUUGCUUUGCUCU